AAAGUUAAGUAACUAGCAAUGGCCACGAGUUCUUCCCAAACACUUGCGCUUCAGAGAAAUUCCAGUGAGCAGAAUCGAUUUAUAGAGAAAUUAAUGACGAAAAUAUGUAGUUUCUACGACGAACAGUCUCUGAUCGAUGUGACAUUUAAAGUUUCAAACCCAACAGCUUUUGUACCCGCGCAUCGUUUGAUACUCGCAGCAGCGAGCCCUUACUUCGAGAACCUUUUCAAUGACAAUCAAGGCACUAAUCCAGUCGUCGAGAUAAAUGAUAUCGAUAGCGAUAUUUUUGAGCGUCUAAUAACCUUUUGUUACACUGGACAGGCCCUGAUUACCGUUAACAAUGUCGCUGCCAUGCUAAAUGCGGCAAUCGUUUUGCAAUUGGACGAUGCAAUAAGCAGUAGUGUAGACUACAUCAUGACACAUAUCGACGAAUACACUUUACAGGGUGCUUAUACGCUGGAGCGUGAAACACAAUGUGAAGUUCUUAGACAGAAAAUCAUCGAAUACGAGACGCAGAACUUCAUGGAGAUCAGCCGAAGCGAUGAGUUUCUGAAUUUUGAUGUAGAAAAAUUGCAACGUAUUCUGGUAUCUGACAAUUUGAACAUAACCCGUGAGGAAGAUGCCUUCGAUGCCAUACAACGCUGGUACAAUUACGAUGUUCCUGCGCGUCAAGAGCAACUGCCACUUUUAAUAGCUUGUCUCCGGCUUACCCAAUUCAAUGUGGACUUUCUGAUGACACACAUACAGCCGUUACCUGGAUGUGAGCUGCUGGCCUUCAAGGCGUUAUCGUGGAUCAGAGAGCCUACAGUACGGCCAAUGAUAAAUAUGCGAUUUACAGAACCACGUGGUGUCAGUGCUACAAAUUGUAAUGAGAAAACAAUCCUAGCGCUUUGCUCAGAGCUUGGAAUGAAUCCCAAGUUUCUACAAUAUAGCAAAACUGAGGAUAAGUGGCAAGAAUAUGCGAGUAUAAAAUUGGAUUACGCAGGGUAUAGAACUAUUUUAAAGGAUGAUAAUUUAUUAUUUAUUGGCGGUUAUAAAAAUCGUGUCACACAUAAAGUCGUCCGCAGCUGGAAUAUUCGAAAUAAGACAUGGCAGAAUUUACCCAGCAUGAUCCAAGCAAGAACGUCUCACUGCGUUGUCGAAUUAGAUGAUAAAAUCUACGCGAUUGGUGGUUAUGAUGGUUAUAAUGAUUUGUCGUCGGUGGAAAGAUAUACUACUUCCGAUGGUUGGGAGUUCGUGAACGGAUUGAUUGUUGACCGAUAUGACGCAAGUGCAGUGACAUUAAGUAAUAAAAUUUACGUAAUGGGCGGUUAUAAUGGCAAUUGGCGGGAAUUAAAAUCCGUCGAAUGCUACAAUUCGGAUUCGAAUAAUUGGACUCCUUGCGCGGAUAUGAAAACAUGUCACAGUUCACCUGGUGUAGCAGCACAUAAAGGUCACAUUUAUGUUUUAAGCCAUAACGGUGCUGAGCGUUACGAUCCUCAGCUAGACACAUGGUCACAGAUUUGCUCUUUGGAAGUUGGUCCUGGUUGGAUGAGUUGCGUAUCGCUGGACAAUAAACUAUGGGCUCUUGGUGGCAAGUCUAAAUCUGCUGACAAGUCAUGUGUAUCAGUCUUUGAUGAAGAAAAUUCCUGUUGGGUAGAAAGUUGCUCAUUACCCGAAAGUAUAGUGCGUAACUGCUUUGUUGUACCUGAAUCCUUACUGUCGUCGAUGUGAAUAAAUAAUUGUUCGGUUUUUCGAUUUAACAAA